GCUGCGAGGCGCCAUGCCGAGCCGGCCCGAGGACUACGAGGUGCUGCUCACCAUCGGCUCCGGCUCCUACGGCAAGUGCCAGAAGGUGCGGCGCCGGGCGGACGGCAAGGUCUUGGUUUGGAAAGAGCUCGACUAUGGCUCCAUGACAGAAGCCGAGAAACAAAUGCUUGUUUCGGAAGUGAAUUUACUCCGGGAGCUGAGACACCCCAACAUCGUCCGGUAUUAUGAUCGCAUCAUUGACAGAACCAACACAACCCUGUACAUCGUGAUGGAAUAUUGUGAAGGAGGUGACCUGGCUAGUCUCAUUGCAAGAUGUACAAAGGAAAGACACUACUUAGAGGAAGACUUUGUUCUCCGCAUGUUGACUCAGUUGACCCUGGCCUUGAAGGAAUGUCACAGACGGAGUGAUGGUGGCCACACUGUGUUGCACCGUGACCUAAAACCAGCAAAUAUCUUUCUAGAUAGCAAGCACAAUGUGAAACUUGGAGACUUUGGAUUGGCUAGAAUAUUGCACCAUGAUACCAGUUUUGCUAAAACAUUUGUUGGCACUCCAUAUUACAUGUCUCCAGAACAAAUGAACCGCAUGUCGUAUAAUGAAAAAUCAGACAUCUGGUCUCUAGGAUGUUUGCUGUAUGAGCUAUGUGCACUCUCGCCUCCGUUUACAGCUUAUAACCAAAAGGAGUUGGCAGAGAAGAUAAAGGAAGGGAAGUUCAGACGAAUACCAUAUCGAUAUUCAGAUCAAUUGAAUGAACUUCUUAAAAAGAUGCUGAAUUUAAAGGACUACUGUCGACCCUCUGUUGAAGAAAUUCUACAGAACCCCUUGAUAGCUGACUUGGUGGUAGAAGAGCAAAGAAACAACUCUGAGAGGAGAGGACGAAGAUCAACAGAGCCAGAAAGGCUGCAGCAUUCAGGCACUGCAGUAAAUGAGCUGAAACUGAAGGAACAACAGUUGCAGGAGAGAGAACGAGCCAUAAAAGAGAGAGAGCAACAACUGGAACAGAGGGAGCGGGAGCUAUGUGUUCGUGAGAGACUGGCAGAAGAUAAACUUGCUAGGGCUGAACACUUGAUGAAAAACUACAACCUAUUCAAGGAACAGAGGAUAUUAGCAGGUGCAAAAAGCCCAGAUGAAGUGCUACUCCCCUCUUCAACAAGAAAGAAGAAGGUUCACUUUGGUGCAAGUAAAGAGAAUGCUAUAUCCAAUGAUAAUUUGGAGAAUUAUCCUCUCUCAAAAGAGAAAUCUUCUGAGCUGAAGAAACGCCUUUAUGCUGCUAACCUGCGGGCUCAAGCACUGUGUGAACUAGAAAAAAAUUAUCAACUAAAAAGCAGGCAAAUUCUGGGCAUGCGCUGAAACUAUGUAUAGUAUUUAACAUUUUAAUGUCACUUAAAAAUUUAUUGGUACAACUAUUGUGCUCCUUCUGUCUCGAUUUUUUUUACCAUCAUUUGAAUCCUGUUUUGUUUUUAGCAGAGAUGCUACCAUUUUCACUUAAUGUUUUACAUAACUUCUUUUAUGUAUGUUUCCCUUUUCUAUUAAUUUUCCAUCAUACUGUCCAUGCUUGAAAGGACACUUCAGUGGAACAGAAGGAUAGCUUUGAUAAAUAGUCAAACAUGAAAAGGCUUGUUUGAUUUAGAGAGAGAGUGGCUAUCUUUUUCCUCAAAUCUGUGUGCUAAGUUGAGAGAAUGAAGGAUUGUCUAUAAAUUAAGAAUUAACGUUUGUUAAUUCUGAAAAACUAUAUAAGUGAUGUAGGUAGCUUUUUUUAUUUAAAGAAGUGUCUUGAUGUGAGAAAUAGAUGUAUUUUUCUUUCAGUUGAAAAGUCCUAUGAAAACCUUUUAAAAAAAUUAGUGUGUAAAUUUACCUGUUGUACAAUUAUUUUAGAUCAAAGAAAUCUUGUAUCCUUUUGUUGCCACCUUAUACUUUUAUUUUAAAAGUGGUGUUUUCUGCAAUAUUGUAAACAUACAAGUGGUUGUAGCUAUUCUUGUUUCAUGACAGCAAGAGCAAAAAUGUGAAAAGGUUGCUAUUCCACCCCCUUUCACCAAUUAACUGACCUACCCAUAACUGAAGGUGGACAUAAUGUACUAAAAUAAAAGUCUAUUUUCCAGUAUCUAUUUGCAGGUUUCUAAUAA